UCUUUUACUGGAUAUAUUAUGUAACAUGUGUUAUGUAUACGAGCUGAUGCAAAGAAAGAAUGCGAGAAUUUGCAGUUUAGAGAUAAAAGAUUGCGAAAAGAGAGCUAAAUUUAAAAAUUUUAACAACUGCAAAUUUUAAGUAUUGGGAAAUCUUCUUCUUUAAUCGUGUAUAAUCGUGUCUUUUUAUGUUUUUUUAUUACACGCAUCUGAUAUCUAUUAGCUUUAUGACGUAAUUCGUUAUCAUUUGCCGAACGAGUAUAAAAACGGACGGAUGUAGCUAUAUAUCGCUAGAUUUAUUCGAGACUACUCAAUUCAGCAAUACAACAUUUAAUCAUGUUUAAGUACUUAAUUGUUCUUGCUGUUUUAUGUCAAAUGCAAAAUACAAUUGCACAAAGUGAUACUCUUCCGUUACCACUACCUGGAAGUAAGACGAAUUGUAGUCAAAUUUCAGGAGAGAAUAAAAAACCGGUGAUUAAUAUGACUGGAUAUAAUAACUAUCACAUUGAUCAGCAAGUAUUUUAUUUAUUUAACGGGCAACAAUUAAAACAAUUAUUAUUGAAUAAUAAUAAUACGAAGAAAGGGAUAAAAGACGAUUAUAUCAUCACACCUGGUAUGGGAAGGCACAAGCUUCAUCUUGAUGCAGUUACGUGGAAUGUUGCUCGCCGAGCUUGUAUUCAGGAAGGAGGUCAUUUGGCCGUUAUCAACUCGAUUUCUGAGGAGAAGUUGCUUUUACAUAUGAUGGAAGAGAAGAAUAUAAGCACAGCUUGGCUCGGUCUUCACGAUCUUUAUCAAGAGGGUGACUGGGUUACCAUUUUAGACGAGCCUAUAGAAAAUACAGGCUAUACCAGGUGGUCGACUAAGUGGUUUCCAGUAGUAAAUCCUAAUAACGCUGGUGGCAAUCAAAAUUGUGCGACUCUUAUCUUUCCGGAAGAGGGAAUGGACGAUGUAUAUUGUGGCCACUCAGUUCCUUUCUUCUGUGAACAGGAGUGUAAAAUCGUGCAACAUUAAAAAUAUAUCAAUAUUUGAAAUAUUAUCGUAUAUAUCUUUGUAAUAAUAUAUAUAUGCAUGUAAAUGUAUUACACGUAAACGUGUACCAAACAUCUUUAUUCUUUUGUUGUAAUCUGAAGAUUCGAUUUUUCGAAAUUUUUUCUUCUAGAUAUUCAUGUUGCUUAACUAUUGAAAUGUUUACAUGAUAAUAAAACUUUUUGCAUAGAGUUUUAUCUACAUAUUAUAAUUAUAAUAUUACAUUUUAUAAAAGAUAUAUUUCCUAGUCACUGCAGUUAAUCAUGUCAAAUGUAAUGUAAUAAAUGUAAUCCAUGUCAAUGGAUAAAAUAUA